AUGAGGUUUGAGGUGGAGGAGAUCAAUAACUCCAGCAACCUCUUGACCGGAGUCCUGCUGGGCUUCGAAAUGAUGGACAUCUGCCCCCUCACCGACACCAUCCACCCCGUCCUGCAUCUCCUCGCCGACCGAAUCGGCAGGAAUUACACUUCGUACCGCCCCCGGGUCGUCGCCGUCAUCGGUCCUGAUUCAUCCCUGGCAGCCAUCACGGCGGCUUAUAUUCAGAGUCACUUUCUUAUCCCGCAGAUCACCUACAGCGCAACCCCGGAAGCUCUCGGCAACCCCCGGAUACUCCCCGUCGCUUUCCACACCAUCCCGAGUGCCGAGCAACAGAUGGCGGCCGUGCUGCGUCUGCUGCGUCACUUCGGGUGGAACUGGUUCAUCGUCCUGGCUAGCGACGCCGAGUACGGCCACCAGAACCUCCAGCUGCUGCAGUUCCAGCAAAGGGUUCCCCCGGCUUGGAGCGGCCCCAUCCAGGAGAGGAUCAGGGGCACGGUGGCUUGGAUCCACAGAAGCACAGCCAAGGUGGCGGUAGCCCUCGGCCUGGAACUUCUUCUCCUGGCCUUCUUUGAAGAAGCCGGCCGGCUGUGGAUCGCCACUGACGCCUGGGCAACUGACCUGUCCAUCCACGGCCUCCGCAACAUUUCCAGCCUGGGAAGCGUAUUUGGGGUGGCUGUGUAGGAGGUCCCUGUCCCAGGGUUGGACGACUUCCGAGUCAGGGAAGUCUGGGGACCCUCUGAGGCGAGCAGGGACCCCCGAAGGCUGGUCCCUGGCGGCACGUGCAACCAGGAGUGCCAGGAAUGUCUCCCCACCCUCCGCUCCCAUAAGAGCCUCCGGCAAACGGGGAACCGCGUGGAUUUCAACGUGUACUCGGCCAUCUGUGUUGUCGCUCACGCCUUGCACCGCCUGCUGAGUUGCACCCACACCAGGUGCCAAAAGAAGACUGUUUAUCCCUAUUUUCUCCAAAAAAAAUCCCAGAUAUUUUGGUCUCCCCAGGACCCAGCAGAGUUGAAAGACCUAUCUCUGUGCUUUUCUUUCCCCUUAGACAGGUUUAUCUGUCAAAAAUGCCUGCCAAACAUCUGGUCCCAUCCUGGCCAAGAAGCACUCUUCCCAAAGAUAAUGGUAUACCUACAGUGGGACCAUCCUGUCUCCUUUGUGCUGCUUCUCUUCUCCGCCCUCAGCCUCUCGGCCAUCUUGGGCAUCCUCACCACCUUUGCCCAUCAUGCCAACACCCCGGUGGCGAGAUCAGCCGGUGGCAGGCUAUGUUUCCUCAUGUUAUCUUCCCUCAUCUUGGACUUCUGGAGUGUCUUCUCCUACCUCCCCACCGAGCUGCGAUAUCUCUUCAGUCUGGUGGGGUACAGCCUCUGUGUCACCAUCUACCUCGCCUGCGCCACCGGCCGUUCCUUCCAGAACCUCUGCGCUUUCAAGAUGGCGGCCUGGCUGCCCGCUGCCUUCACCGCCUGGUCCAUAUCCAAAGGGCAGUCGGUGGCCACCGUGGUGCUCAACCUCCAUUACCGCUACCCGAAGCUCGUCAAGACUGCCCUAAUCAGGAACCCGGCGGAGCUUAUCCUGACGUGUCACACUGACUACCUAUCCGUGCUUGUGGUCCACCACCUCUUCGACAUGAUCCUCUCCUCCCUGUGCUUCGGCUUGGCCUACGCGGGGAAGGUGUUGCUGAAGAGCUACAACGACAGCCAAUGUCGUGGCCGGAGCUCCUGGGUGCUGCUUGUUUUGAUCACCACCGUCUCGGAAGGGAUGGCGGUCGCCAUCUUUGAGACGGUCAUCAUAGUCUCCAACCUCUUCAGCCUCUCCCUGCGCUUCUUCGGGUCCAAGUGUUGCGUCAUCUACGUCCAUCCAGCACGUAACACACCGGCCUUCCUCCAGGCAGCCAUUCAGAGCUACACCAUGGACCAGGGCUAG